CAAACUUUUGCCGCCACCCUGACCUCAACGGACGGGAAGAAGAGAAGGGCCUUCAACGCCUUCUCCUGGCUACGAUUUCUAUGCGUCUCCUCUAUGUUUUUCUUCCAAAAGAAGUGCGUAACAGAUUGUGUUCUUUCUUCACGAAAUCACGAACUUGUUAGCGGCGAUCUCACCCUACAAUGGCCGGCUGCCGGCAGAACUACAGAGUUCAGAAGAGCGAUUCUUCUACUUCAGGAAAUUUAGGUAUCGGUGUCUGCAUGAUCAACAAUUCAUGGAGAGAUGAGCAGCGUCCAGACUUUAUACAAUUUGUUUCUUCCUUUCUGAGAGCGAAUGCUUAUCGGCUCAAUUUCCUGCCAAUUGCUCCCGUAAUUUUCCCUCAAGAUAUAUUUUACUUUCAUGCCACACUAGUUCCAUGUAUUAAGUUCCCUGAGCAUGAGGUACAGGACUUUAUUUUCAACAAUGGUGGACUGUCCGUCGCAUUCAUCUUUAUUACAAAUUGGAACCCUCAGAAUAUCCCAGCAAUAUUUGGCAGAAUUACAAAGUUGAAAAACCAGUUUGGCCACUUCUAUGCUGUUGCGACUAUUUGUUCUGCAGAGCAGAACGAGUCAUUCAUUAAUUCAUAUUUCAAAUAUGGCAUAGAGAUUGGCAAACCCACAUUUAUCAUAGUAGACAAUCCAGAAAUGGGAUUUGAAAAGAUUGUGAAGAUUGCAUAUGUAAAAGGAGAAUGUAAGAGAAAAGAUGUAAUCUCCAAGUUGAAGACUGAGCGUGAGCUUUCAGUGCAGGUUAUGGAAGCUUAUGUCAAUGUAAUCACUGCCAUACCUGGACUUGACAACCAUGAUGCCAGUGCGCUUAUUGGUUCCAUUGGUUCCAUCGAAGCAUUGUCUAAAGCAUCCAAGGAGUUCAUAAUGGAGAACACUGAUCUUUCAGCUGAGAAAGCAGAACUAAUUGAGAAAUUCUUUAAAGAUCCCAAGUAUUAUCUGUCUCCAAAAUUUAACUAGUGCUAUGCUGUUUCCACAAGAUGUGGGAUAUCCAAUUGUUUCAAGAGACCUUCAUGAAAAUGGAUAAGCAGACAUUAAGCCAUCUCUUGGUUGUUGCACAGCUAUUUUUAUGUGCUUCCAACUAACCUUGUCAACUCUCAACAUGUACCUGCCCCUUUCAGAGCAGCCCCAGGUGGAGAUGCUGCUGCAAAACAUACAUGAUCUGGUGAACCGUUACAUUCAAGAUUUCUUUGUGGAUGCCAUCAAAUAAUUCAGGACCUUCAGACUUGGUAAGACUGCUGACGCUGAACUCCGGAAUGGGGAAACUAUGUCCUUCAGUUCUUAAGCGAAGUUGCAGCAAUCAAAGUUGCUGAUUUGACGUACUCGGGAAAUGAUGAUCUUUUACUGCUACGUGCCUGCAUAUUUG